AGACAUAAAGUCGGUUGCUUCACAUCCUGUGCAAGGAAGUCAGACGCACGGCCACACAGCCCCAGUGUCAGUCUGCAAUUGAAAGUCAGGAGAUCAAUAAGAAAACAAAAGACUAGGAGCGCAGAAAGGUGACAAUGUUGCAGAGAGCAGCUUCCAAUGUGUCCGACAAAACAAAGAGCAGCAAACCAAAGCGCUCCACAAGUUUUGGGAGGUUUGAAGGUCGCAGACAGAAUCACUCCCCGGUCAAAGUUGAGGAGAAUGGAACAGAUAUGCUCCCUGAAGAACGUGAGCGCUUGGAUCCAAACAAAUCCGCUGGGAUUGCGAAGACAAUGAAGGCCAUUUCACUGACCAUGCGCAGAAAAAUGGGAAAAAAACAUGCCAAGUCCUUCUCUGAAGAGAUGGGUGACGACACAGAGACAGAGACAACACCUGCAACAGAAAAAAAUCCCACAAGGGCCAGCAACUCAUUAGAGAGUCUUUACAGCGCCCAAAGUUCCUCAAGUGGUGUAACCAGUGAGUCCAAUGGUUCUGGUCAAAGGGAGAGUCUGAGGUUGCAGGAGGACGGUUCCUAUCAGGGUCAGUUCUGUGGCAGAGCCCGCGUCCAUACAGAUUUUGUCCCCAGCCCGUAUGACACAGAUUCUCUCAAACUUAAGGCCGGUGAUAUUAUUAGCCUCAUCAGUAAGCCUCCAAUGGGCAUCUGGACAGGCAUGCUCAACAACAGGGUGGGAAACUUUAAGUUCAUCUAUGUGGAAGUUUUGGUGGAGGAGGAGAAAAAAGAAGAAGAAAGAGAUGACGGCGACGACGGGGACGACGAAGCUCCCAACAUACGACAAGAAAAACUGUGCAAAAGACCUCGACCCAAAACAUUGCUGGAGCUGCUGGAGAGACUCAAUCUAGAGGAAUACGCCUCUGCCCUGCUGCUCAAUGGCUACCAGACGGUGGAGGACCUCACCCACCUGCAGGAGAAACAUCUCAUCGAGCUCAACGUCAAAGACCCCGAGCACAGAAGCAAGCUGCUUGCUGCCUCCCAGUGUCACUAUUCAGAUGGUGAUGAAGUAAGAGAUGUGGACGAAAGCAAAUCAUUGGGCGGUCCACAGGAGGAAGACAGCGACUGUCCGAGGGAUUCAGGCUGCUUCAUCCCGUCCGAGUGCUCGGACAGCAAGGAUGACACAGAGCAGCCUGCAGACACCGUGGCUUCCUAACCUUAUUCUCAUUUUGACAUAUGGCAAAAAAAAAUAAAAAUAGAUGUUGUCCCUUCUGGAUGUUUGCAAACGACUCGUACGCACUCACAUCAUGCCGCAUAGUCUCUUUUGACUUGGGAUGAUAUCCUGAACAGCAAUAUAUCACAUUGUCAAUGAUAACUUUGACUUUGAUAAUCAACAUUUAUUUCUGAUUUCUAGGGGGGCUAUUUGUGUGACAUUAUCUUUAAAAUCCCCACAUUUUUGUGUUUAUUUUAUUCCGAGUCAUUCAGUAUUUGCAUUUCUUUAUUCAUUGUCUCAUACGAAACUCUCUUUACACCCUUUCACCAUGUUUUCACCUUUAUUUUGAGUAGCCAGAGUGUUAGUAAGCGGAAUAUUAUGUCUGUAUGAGAACUGGAUAAUGUUUGAAUUCCAAAGUUGCCUUGUACUCUAUAUACAUACUUUAUACUGUGCUGUGAGUUAAAUGUAUUUGUGUGAAUGGCAGGGAGAGAAAAUAAUAUAUUAAUGUGAAUAUUUCUGUAAAUAACUUAAUAAACACUGCCAACUAUCUUA